UGCUGUCUUCUGUACAUGGCAGGAUCUAGUGCUGUCAGUGUGGCUGUCUGCUCUGUGCCAGGCUGCAGGGAGGAGACAGGACCACAGCCUUCUGUGCAUCACUCACAGCCUUGUCAGCAACCCCUGGAUUGACUGCAUGGCACCAGGACACGGACAGGACUGCAGUGAAAGGCCCUGGAUAACAAGGAUUUGAAAGGUUUGGGCUUCAUUUAUUCCUGUCACUGGCAGGACCAAGGUUUGUCUUUCAGAUCUUAGAUUGUGUUCCAGGGCAAAUACAGUCAGAAAAAGAAAAACUUGUAGUUCACUUCUGCUUUGAUCACACUUAAUCAGACAAGUGAUACUGGGCAACUGUGCCAGAUGCUCUGAGAGGGAAUCUAUGCAAACCACACUGGCUUUCAAGAGGAUUUAGACAGCUCUGGAUCUUGGAGAAUCAUUUUCCUAAAUUGUCUUUCAACAGUUCUUACUUUUCCCCAGAAUGUGCUUUGAACAAAAUUAAUUGAACUGUCUUGCUAAUGAACAUGCAGCCCUGUUUUGAGAAUGUAAAUCAGCUGGCAAAACACCUGCCAAGUCAAGUGUCUUAUCCUAACGUAAUGGGUGACUAAAUACACAUUCCUAUGCUGGAGAUUUAAAUAAUCCUUUAGAGCACUGCUGAGAGUACCAGGGGCUUUGGCAGACAGAGGAAAACCUACGAAAGAGGAUGAACAAGCUGCAGAGACUGCUUCAGAACAAGAUCCUGAUCCUGACAAUAUGUGCUGCUGGGAUUGGAGGCACUUUCCAAUACGGUUACAACAUCUCCAUCAUCAAUGCUCCAGCUUCAUGUCCUUCAUCUCUAUGUGGUGGUUGUGCUGCCCUGUCCCUCUCCCUCAGUACAUCCAGACGUUCAUGAACACGACCUGGCUGGAGCGCACGGGAGUUCCCCUGGAGAGCAACGUGAUCCUGCUGCUCUGGUCCUUCACUGUCUCUGCAUAUCCCCUGGGAGGCCUCACUGGGGCUGUGGUUGCUGGUCCCAUGGCCAUCAUGUUGGGAAGGAAGAUGUCCCUGCUGCUGAACAAUGUCUUUGUGAUCAUAGCUGCAGCCUUGUCAGGAUUCAGCCGAAUGGCAAAAUCCUUUGAAAUGAUUAUGCUCAGCAGAUUUUUUACUGGCAUGAAUGCAGGUGUGAGCAUGAACAUUCAGCCCAUGUAUUUGGCGGAAAGUGCCCCAAAGAAGCUCAGAGGAGCUGUGGCCUUGACCUCUGCAUCGUUUACAGCCCUGGGGUUGGUGCUGGGACAGGUGGUUGGACUCAGGGAGCUCCUAGGCAGGGAGGAGAGCUGGCCAUUCCUUUUGGCAAGCAAUGUGGUACCUGCCCUGAUCCAGCUCACAGCUCUGCCUUGGUUCCCUGAAAGCCCCAGAUACCUCUUGAUUGACCGUGGAGACAAAGAAUCCUGCAUCUCUGCACUGCAGAAGCUCAGAGGCACCAGUGACCUGAGUGCAGAGCUGGAAGAGAUGCUGGCUGAACAGGCUGCUGUUAAAGGUCAGAGAGCAAAGAACCCGUGGGAGCUCUUCCAAAAUCCAUCUCUGAGGUGGCAGCUGGUGAGCAUCGUUGUGCUGAGCAGCGCCAUGCAGCUCUGCGGGAACGACUCGAUGUAUUCUUAUGCAGCUUAUGUGUUCCAAGAGGCUGGAAUUCCUCAGGACAAAAUCCCAUAUGUUGUAAUCGGUACAGGAAGCUGUGAACUGAUCACGUCUGUCACCUGUAACAUGAUUAUAGACUAUGCUGGUCGGAGGCCGCUGCUGCUGGGGGGCUACAUCUUCAUGGCAGGAUGGGCCAUUGUCUUCAUGGUCGCUCUGAGCCAGCAGACUCAGAUUAGCUGGAUGCCUUAUCUCAGCAUGGCCUGCAUUUUCGCCUAUAUCCUGAGCUUUGGAAUCGGACCAGCUGGUGUAACAGGAGUUCUGCCCACAGAGGUUUUUGAUCAGAUGUCCCGGCCAGCUGCUUACAUGAUCUGUGGCUCCCUGCUCUGGUUCAACCUAUUUCUGGUUGGAACAGCCUUUCCAUUCAUCGUGAAAAGUCUAGCACAUUUCUGCUACAUCCCAUUCCUUGUGGUCUGUGUCUGCACUGCACUCUAUGUUGGAUUUUUCCUUCCUGAGACAAAGGGAAAGUCCUUCCUGGAAAUCUCGGAGGAGUUCAAGAAACGGAACUUCAAAACUAAGACCCGUGCGGGUUUCUACAAAGGCCCUGAAGAGAUCAAAACCACCACACUGUAGCAGAAGAAAGGAAGAUGGUACCUGGGGGAGUGGUGCAGUGAAUUCAGCAGUGGCUGUGUUCCCUUGCAGGGACACCAAGAGAAAAGUAGGGUUAGGGACAAUACAUUACUCUUAGGUCCUUAAGUUCACCUUGAAAACACAUGCUGGAACUGAUAAAUACAAACAGAAGUUUGAUAAUCUGUUCUCAGUUUUUAAUACUGGGUUUUUAAUGCAUAUUUUAGAAUCCAGUGACAGAAUGAUGCCUUGUUCUCUUAUCAUCAAACAUCAUGUAAUGCUUGAGCAAAUUUCCUCAGAAUUUCUCCUCUACCCAAAGAGUAACUUCCAUCUCAGAAGCCUUUCUUUCCUUGCCCCUGAAUCUGGGCUCUCUAACACAGAAAUUAAUGCGAUUAAAUUCUGUUUUCAGACACCAGAUGAAAUUUUCAGUACCUUGUCUUGGUGCUCCCGUUGUUUCUGUUAUUAAGUGAUUUCAAAUAGACCCCUACUUGUUGAGCAAUAGUGAGCAGUUAAUUAUUUUCAGCUAUAAAAGCAUGUGACAGAUGGAUUAAGAAGAAAGCUUCUAGUACUUGCUAAGUGGCUUAUUAUACAACAGACUUUUGGGCAUUGUUUUGCAGAAUAUUUAUUCUGGACUGGUUUUCUUCAUGGCUUGUUUGUUGUCUUCCAGUCCUAUAUUGUAAAGCACAGGUUCCCCAGUCCAGUUUGUACUGCUCUCACACUGCUCGUGCACCUUGUAGGGUUUUGUGCCUGUGCUCUGCUAAUGGUAAGUGUGGUGAGGAGCUCGUGUGCAGCAGCUUAUUUUGGGUGUGGAGAUUUAGAUCACACCUGGACACUCUCUGUAGCAUGUUCUUGUCUCCACAGAGCACACUGGAAAAGACCCAGAUGUGAUAGUGAUUGCUUUUAGUUAACCUGGUACAGAAGAGGGCAACACUCCUCAUUUAAUAUGGCCUUUCACUUUGUUCAUAUGUCAGUCACAGCACUGCUGAUGGUUGCAGCAAAGAACACAUACAUUUUCAAAAGAAGUUGCUAAAGUUUCUCUCAGUGUAUUUUUUAACUGCAUUUUUUGGGAAAUACAGAACAUUUGAAUGACAAGACUGUAAAUGUUUCCAGAGUGUAUUACUGUCAUUGCUGGGCAUGUGUGGAGCAGCAGAUCUAUUUCUCAGAAGUAGAGUCUGUGCAAGAACUCUCUUUCACUACCUAAAGUUUAUAACAUACACAAAAUAAAGAGUAAACUUUUGUUCCUU